AUGGGUUUGUAUAGAGAAGCGUUGGAUUCAUUUCGUAAAAUGAUAGUCGAUGGUGUUAGUCCUGAUGAGAUAACCAUGGUUAGCUUGGUUUCAGCAAGUGCAAAGUUGAGGGAUUUGAAAAUGGGAGAGGCGUUGCAUCUCUACAUUGAGGAGAAAAAUUUAGGCAUAGUUGGAAGUUUGUUGAAUUGUUUGGUGGAUAUGUAUAUCAAGUGUGGCAAAAUGGAGGAAGCACAAAAGCUUCUGGAUAGAUGUGGUGCUGAUGAUGUUGAUGUUGUUUUGGGAACUACAUUAAUUAGUGGGUAUGUGAAGUCGAAUAAAAUAGAUGCGGCUAGGUUCCUGUUUGACCAGAUGACAGAGAAGAGCUUGAUUUCAUGGACUGCAAUGAUUUCUGGUUAUGUUCAAGGUGGAUAUUUUUAUGAGAGUUUGAAGUUAUUUAGAGAAAUGAGGUUCAAAGAUGUUUGGCCAGAUGAGGUUGUGCUCUUAACAGCACUUUCGGCAAGUGUUGAAGUGGGGGAAUUUCGGUUUGGCAGAUCUAUCCACUGCUCAAUUUUGAAGUAUGGAAUGAGUGUUGAUGGGUUUCUUGGAAAUGCUCUGAUAGACUUGUAUGCAAAAUGUGAACAAGUUAAUGAAGCAUGCAGAAUCUUUGAGCAGUUGCCUUACAAGACUGUUGUCACUUGGAAUACUAUGUUGGAUGGAUUUUGCAGAAAUGGAAAUACUUCAAAGGCAAGAGCCUUCUUUGAUGUGAUUCCUGAAAAAGAUGUGAUUUCGUGGAACACUAUGAUCAACUGCUAUGCUAGAUAUAAUCAGUUUGAGGAGUUGUUUGAGCUUUUCCGCAAGAUGCAGAGUUCUAAUAUAAAAGCUGACAAGCUCACUUUGGUUAGUUUGCUAUCAUCCUGUGCUAGCGUUGGAGCCCUUAAUCAUGGAAUUUGGGUCCAUGUUUACAUGAAGAAAAAUCAAAUUAGUCUAGAUAGCAUGUUAGGAACUUGUCUAAUUGACAUGUAUGGAAGGUGUGGUUGCUAUGAAAUAGCCUAG